AUGGCACGACGGCCAGGGCGAGGUCGGAGUGUCGGACUCGGAGCCCCGGUCCCGGGCGGCGCCGGCAAGCAGCUUCCGCACCGUCCUGUUGUCCGCUUCCCGGAGCAUGGCACGGAUCUAGUCCGCGCGGAGGCAUGGGGCGUCGAUCCGGCUGCUGCUGCUGCAUCUAGGUGGCGCGAUAGGAGAGCGAGAACUCGAAGGAGCUGGCGGUGGCGGCCAUGGCUUGUCCAGCAUGCGAUGUCUGCGAUGGAGGCAGAGAUAGGGAAGCUGGCUGUGAUGGCUGAUGGGGAACCUUGCGGCAGCCAUGGCAGCGACGGAGGGCCAUGA